AUGUCAUCUUCACAAAACAGGAGCGGCAGCAAUUCGGAGAGUGCAAAAGCAGAACAGAUCAUAUUCGAGUUCUUCGCGAAAAGCCUCCACAUAAUCCUCGAAUCAAGGACUCCUUUCAUGUCCUCAAGGAACUUCAGCGGCGACCAGAUGGUAUGUUCCUCUUCCUCGUCUUCCUCCUCUUCCUCAAGCGUCAGGCCUCGGGACAAAUGGUUCAACCUAGCCCUCAGGGAAUGUCCUGCAGCGUUAGAGAGUUUCGACAUCGGCCGACGAAGCAGCCUCGAGCCUCUGGUUGUUAAUGUGGUUCUUGUGGCUAGCCCGUUCGCUACCGAUCAGAUUGGGAAAAGAGAGCUUAUCAGGAACUUCUCCGGUGGGUGGAGCUCUGAUCAAGACGAAAUGGGAUGUGAGAGCAAGAACGAGCAGAUCAUUGAGAGAUGGAUUGUGCAGUAUGAUAACAGGAAGGUUAGAGAAUCUGCUACUACUACUAGCAGCAGGAGGUCAAGCAGUAGUAACAGCAAGCUGCAAGUGAUGUACAAGAAAGCAACUUUGCUUCUGAGGUCUUUGUUUGUCAUGGUUAGGCUCUUACCUGCUUACAAGAUCUUCAGGGAACUCAACUCCUCUGGACAGAUCUUCAAGUUCAAGCUUGUUCCUAGAGUGCCUUCCAUCGUUGAGCCCUUCACUCGUAGAGAAGAGGCGGAGAUGCAGAGGUUUGCCUUCACGCCUGUUGAGACUCUCUGCGGUAGGCUUUGCUUGUCUGUGUUGUACCGUUCUCUCUCUGAUGUGAGCUGCGAGCAUUCGACUCCCAUGUCUCCGACGUUUAUAACUGAUUACGUUGGAAGUCCUCUGGCUGAUCCGUUGAAGAGGUUCCCUUCUCUUCCUCUCUCGUACGGUUCGCCUCCGUUGCUGCCGUUUCAGAGGCGGCAUAGCUGGAGUUUCGACCGUUACAAGGCCUCUCCUCCGCCUUCGGUUUCUUGCUCACCGUCGCCUACGCAUUCGGAUUUGCAUGGAGCGUUGGUUUCGAAUCCUUGUUCUCGUCGUCUUCCUCCUCAUCCUUGUGAUAUACCAACUGGUCGUAGGAAGGAGUGCUACGUCGAAGAGUGUCAAGAUUUCUCCCCUCCUUGCUCUCCUUCAGGAGCUAUACACGCUGUCACAAGAGGCAUCACUCGUACUGAGAGCGCUCCAGUGAGAAUCCCAGCUCCUAGUUUCCAGUCCAAACAGAAUAAUGUGGUGGCGCCUUCUCCGAAUUUGAAACUGUCGAGGCACGCUUCUUUGAAGCCUGUGAGAAGCUCUGGUGUUGUUGAAUCUGGAGGGGCGUUGGAGAAGUUUCUUUAUGGGAGAGAAGACUUUAGGAGGAACUCUGGAGUGAGGCUAUCGUCCAACAGCUCACCGAGGAUAUCAUUUUCUCGGAGUUCCAGUAGGUCUUUCCAAGAUGAUUUUGAUGAUAAUGAUUUCCCUUGCCCGUUUGAUGUUGAGGAUGAUGAUAUUACAGAUCGUAGCAGCAGACCGGGCUCUUACGACCAGAGAGGAGAUAUACCUGAACCAACACAUGAGCCAAGCGGGUCAUACCCAAAGAAGUCACAAGAUGCUGCAGUUGGUGCUCUUGUGAGUAUGCUGAAGAAAGCUCCACCUCUUAGACAAGAUGUCUCUAUAACUGAAGUUUCCUGGAACAACAACAACAGCAACAACAACAAACCGGCUCGGGGUCAGGAGGCAGCAGCAGCGUCGAUCACAGCCUCGGGGCUUGCUCUGGCUUCAAAGACAACAGCUGAUGCCUUGGAGGAGCUGAGAUCUUACAAGGAAAUGAAGAAUGUGUUGCUUAGCCAAUCCGCAAUGGACACUUCCUCGGUUAACACUACUACUACUUAA